AUCGUUACGAAGUGAACAAGUCGAACGAGGUAGCAAUUUGAUUAGUGGUGAUAUAGAAGAGGAUCACACUCCAGUGCAGGAUGAUGCGCUUAGCUCUGCUAUGCGUAGCAAGUUUUGCUGGAUUGGCUUUUGCAGCGAAUCCGAAAGCCGUUGAAGAAGUUCUCAAAUGGCAGCAAGUGCAGUUCGAUGUUCCAGAAAGUGUGACUGCCAAUCCGGACGGUUAUAUCCCAAUCAAUAACAUCCCAAUGAGUGGUGUGCACUACCAAAAUCGAGUAUUUGUCACAGUCCCUCGUCGUCGGUGGGGAAUUCCAUCCACGCUAAAUGUGGUACAGAUUUCGCCACCAUUUCCCAACACGAAUCCUAUCUUGAAGCCAUAUCCAAAUUUCGAACUCAACGAACUAAGGUCAGAUCUUCAGCCAGAUGCGAACCGAAUUGUGACGGUGUACCGCCCACGUGUGGACCGAUGUGAUCGGUUGUGGUUCAUUGACACAGGGAUGAUGGAAAUCCCUGGGAACUUCACCAUUGUACAACGUCCAUCAAUCUGGGCAAUCGAUUUGAAGACGGAUACUCCAAUUCAUCGAUACGAAAUCCCCGCAAAGGAUGUAGACAGUGGCUACGGUCUAACUUCCAUAACACUAGAUGUUGACCCGGACGAUUGCGAAAAAGUAUUCGUCUACAUUUCUGACCUUCAAACGUACCGAAUGUUAGUCUACGAUUACCAGAAUCAAAAAUCUUGGCGUUUUCUGCAUAAUUAUUUCUUCUUGAAUCCGCUGGAGGGUGAUUUCCGCAUCCAAGGUAUUCCAUUCUCAUGGGAUGAUGGAAUUUUCUCGAUCGCACUGAGCAAUCCGGAUCCUGUUACGAAGUUCCGCACGGCGUAUUUCCAUGCCCUUUCCAGUAAUUCUGAGUUUACCGUUUCAACUGCGGUUCUUCGUAAUGAAACAGCAUCUAAACGGAGCUACCACGAUAAUGAUUUCCAACUGCUUGGCUAUCGUGGUGCUCAAUCACAAUCCAGUAUUCAUGCGUUCGAUCGUGAAACUGGUGUGAUCUUCUUCGCCCUAAUUCAACAGAAUGCUAUCAGCUGCUGGGAUACUAAAAAACCAUUCGCUCCUCAAAACAUGGCCAUCAUUUACAAGAAUGACGCUGAAAUUGUCUAUCCAAAUGACCUUGCGAUCGACAAUGAUGGCUACGUUUGGUUCAUGUCUAACUCGAUCAUCAAGCUGCUCUAUACUAAGUUGAAUUUGGAUGAGUUCAACUUCCACAUAUGGCGUGCCAAUAUUAGACAAGCCAUUAAAGGCACGGUGUGCGAUCCGGCCAUUCGGCCUAAUGUCGAUGCUGUUCAACGAUUCGGAGAAAGUACCGGCGGUGACCGCGUUACAUUCCUUGAGUACAAGGACAAAUACGGCCCAGGAGGUGGACCAUUCGGUGGUUGGGGACAGAGCGAACCGAAGCAUCCUGGUCGACCGUAGUAAAUGAGAAGACCAAUAUCAAUUUUAUCAGAAACUCACGAAAGGUACGAUGACAAACAGUACGAAGAUUGAAUAGCAUGACAAAUAA